AUGCCCAAAUCGAACAAGAAGUACAAUGCAAACCUUUCUGGAAUCAAUGAAAUCAGAUGUGUUACUCAAGGCUCUUCAAUAUUUUGUUUUAUUAUAUUGCACAUCAUUUUUAGUUGGCUUAACGAUUUGUAUGACGUUAAAUUCAAUCUCAACGUCAAACCAGCCGAACAGAAGCGCGAUGAGUUCGACGAUGACGAAGAGAAUCCGUUGGCGAAGAUUCCGACGAAACCACGAAUUCCAAAGCAGAAGCAGACAACAGGAACUCUUGGUGCAUCUAUUAGGUUGGCGGGAAAGUCUUUGUCACUUUUUCAAUAG